AUGGAUGAACUUAAUUUACAUCCAUGUAUGACACCAAUGGUUUGUUUAUUAAAACAUAUGGAAACAAAUGGAAUUAUACCAAUAAAUGAUCAUAUAUCUGAUAUGUCACCAUGGAUGAUAUGUAUGUAUAAAAAAUUUAGUAAUCCACUUAUAUCAUUUAAUAUAAAAUUAUUUCUUAUGCGUCUUAUUAUAGAUACACAUACAAUAUUUAAACCAUAUGCACGUUAUUGGUUAACACCAAUAAUUCAUAUAUGUAAUCAAAUGUUUGAAAAUUCUUCAGAAGGUUUAAAUACAUUUAUAAUUGAUACAAUUGUUAUAUUAUUAUCAUGGCAUAAACAAGCUAUACCAAUUGAACUUGAUUCAAUAGCUAUACAACGUUUUAUUGAAUAUUUAUUUUCAAAUUGUUCACAUCGUAAUGUUAUUGUUAUGAAAUCAAAUUUAGAUUUAAUUAAAAAAUUAAUUGAAUGUUGGAAAGAACGUAUACAUGCACCAACAUUAAUUCUCUAUAAAUUAAUAUCUGAACCAGAUUUAAAAUCAAAACAAAAUGCAAUUAGUCUUUCAUUAAUUGAAAUAUUAUUAGCUAAUGAUAUUUUACCAUAUUAUGCACCACCAACACCAACAGGAAAUCUUCCAUCUGUAACAACAAAUUCAAUAUUAACAACUAUAACAAAAGGAUUUAACUGA